AUGUCAUUAUCUACUUAAUUUUAGGUAAGUUACCAUGGUAGAAUUUAUAAAUUAUAUGGUGAUAAGGAUAGAACUGUAGCUGUUGGAGAAUUUAAAAUAAAUACAACCAUUGAGACAUUAUGUUAGGAAUUGCCAAAUCAAUUUGCUGACUACCUUAGAUAUUUGAAGACUUUAAGAUUUGAAGAUUAACCUGACUAUCUCAUGCUCAAGGAUUUAAUGAAACAAUGUAGCCUACCCAAUACAUAUGAUAAUCGAUUUGAAUGGACUGAUAAAUAUUAAUCUAAGGAUUCUCUAUUGGAAGUCAAAGUUUAGGGUUCAUUUUUGGUUGUUCCUGGAAAUGAUUGUUAAUCCAAUGUCUCAAAUCUUGGAUCUUCGUUAUCAAAUGUUGUUAAAUAUGUUCCGUCUUUUCAGGAUGCUGUGUAAUUGAAGUAACCUUCUUAAACUCAGAUAAAAAUUGCUGCAAGUCAACCUCAUAUGGAUUUAAAUUUACAUAGUGAAACUGUUGAUUUUGAGGACAUAGAAGAAAAUAUAAAUGAUCAUCAAACCUUAGAUUUGAUGCUAAAUAUAAAGAAGAAAAAUUUAAAUUUCUCGUUCUGCAAUUAAUGUUUUUGA